AAGCAUGUAUGAGGUCAGUGGACCAACUGGAUAACAUGAUAAGAGAGCCCGCCUCUUAAGUUGACAGCACCCUUCCUGGAGCACGGUUUAACUACAGACACUGCAGAGCUGCAAUCAUUCGCACUAUGAUGAACUUCAUCUUGACAACAGCUUUAAUUAUCUGCAGCAUCAGCUGGAUCUCUGUCUCAGCUUCUGAGUCUCAGACUGUGAAGGUCCAGCCUGGUCAAGAAGUCACACUGUCCACUACCAACAUUUUCAAUCAUUCAGGCAUGACAACCUGGUUCAGAGUGGUCAACAGAACCAAGGCCAGCUGUAUCUCCACUAUGGCCGCCUCUGGCAGCAAUCCUAAAUACUGUGAUGGAUUUAAAAGUGGAACAUUUGAAAUGAGCUCCAACACCUCCACUGUCUUUCUCAAAAUUAAGACAGUGAAUCUUUCUGACUCUGGGCUGUAUUUGUGUGGAUUUUACAUAGAGGGACUUACAAUUUUAAGUGUGAUACAUUUAAAUGUUGAAGGCAGUGAUGAAUCUCAUGAUGACGUUGACAAAAAGUCCACAAGCAGUGAUGAAUCUCAUGAUGACGCUGACAGAAAGUCUACAACUGAGUGUGAUAAAAUACCAAACCUGAUGAGUGUGAUCCUGGGCGGCCUGACUGUUUUCCUCAUAAUGGUCAUCAUCUGUCUGGUUGUUAAAAACAGGAACGUUCAGAAAGCUGCCAGUGAAGAACAGAAUCCACAACAGAAUGCGAACCUGGGCUCUGAUGACCUGAACUACGCAGCAGUGAAUUUCAGUGCAAAAGCAAGAAGAAGAGAAGUGGAGCCCAAUGUUGUGUAUUCUGCUACUAGAUAGACUGAGGAAACAAGAAAUGCUGUUCAGGAUGUAACUGAUGCUUUGUCAUGUUAAUCUGCAGUUGUGCUUUUGUG